AUGAAAGAAGCCAUGGUUCAGGCAGAAGAAGUGGCUGUUGAGAUUACCAAGAAGCUGGAGAAAAAGGAGAAGAAGCGCUUGAAGAAGGAGAAGAAACAACUGGCUGCGCUUGCACUUGAGGCUUCAGAAAACAAUGGCACUCUUGAAGAUCAGGAAUGUGAAGAAACUGAAGAAAAACCCAAAAAGAAGAAAAAGAAAAAGCCCCAGGAGGCUCCACAGGAGAACGGAAUGGAAGAUCAGUCCAGCUCUGCUCUCCCUAAACCCAAGAAAAAGAAAUCUCUGUCCAAGGAACUGGUCAACAGUGACUUUGAAGAGUCUGUUGAGCCAACUGUAAAUGCAAAAGUCCCAAAGAGGAAGAAAUCUUCCUCCAGAGAGGAACCAGAAGACCCUGAAGAGGUUGCAAACAGUGUUCCAAAGAAAAAGAAGAAGCUUUCUAAGGAGGAGCCCAUCAGCAGUGGACCUGAGGAGGCCGUCAACAAGAGCACUAAGAAAAAGAAAAAAAUCAAAAAGGCACCCCAGAAGAUUAGCAUGGACAUUCCCUGGGGGUGUGAAGGGCAUAUCCAAAUGUUUCCCAAUAAAAAACUGUUUACAAAAGUUGGGAUUCAUUUAAAAAAAAAACCAAACACGUGCAAACAUCACAAGUUAAAUAAAAAAGGGGGGGGGCUGCCAGCUAAUCUCAGCACUGCGCCCACCACACCCCGCACCCUUGCUGUACCCACGCCCCUCCCGGCGCGGCCAUCUGUCCUUGUCCCUUUGUGGAGGGCCAGCCGGCCCGCCCAGUCCCCACCCGAAGGGGCACAGGUCCUGGGUGGAGGAAGGAGGUGGCUCUGGGCUGGGAUCUGUCCUAGACGCGCACAAAGGAGGCGGAAACCCGCACUUCUCAAGGCCACUCUGGUCGCGGUCUCGCCGUCCCCACCGGCCCAGCGCCUGCAGGAGCGGCCUAUGCCCGGCGGGCGGGCGCACCUGCACCCCCGCUCACUCGGCGCUGUGCUCACCGGGCUCAGGGCUGCGCCGUCCGCCAUCCGAGCCCGCGCUGUUGUCCCCGCGCCGCAGGGACCUCGGCGGCCGCCGCCUCCAAGCAGGGCCCUCGGCGCCGUGUCUGCGCCCUCAUUGGCUGGAAGACCGAGUGCCGGAGCACGUGACCGGAGGAGCUGCGCUCUACACCCUCUAGCCCGUGACGCGUCUCGUCACUGUCCACGUUGGCCUCGCCCCCUCCUCAAGUUCAUGGAGAUGAAAGCCUGCGCAGUGGGGAUCUUAGCUCCAGGGCUCGUGUUUGCUGAGGAUCUGCUGGAAUCUCUUAGGGUUAGGAAAAGAAUAAAGGCCCCAACACUUUUCACUCCAUUUUUUGCCCUAAUAGUCAAGCUAGACUCAACAGCAGGGCACUUUUGCAGUGGUUUUGUCCACCUGCCCAGCCCCCACCCAAAGGGGGCAAAGGUCCCAGGUGGAGGAGGUGACUUGGAUGUGUCCCAGAAGCGGGCAAAGGAGCCGGAAACAGGAACAGGAACUUCUCCCGGCCACUCAGAUCCCCUGGGGCCCUCCCUUCCCUCCGCAAAGGCGCCCGGAGGCGGAGGCGGGGUCGCUGCUCAAGGCCACCCUGGCAGGGGUCCCGCCAUUCCCGCCGGCUCAGUGUCCAGAGGAGAGGGCACGUAA